CUCCAGACGCUGCCGCACCCCGCUAAUGCAAGGAGAGGCGGGCCUCUCCCAACCAGUGCUUCUGUUUGGGGUCCCUUGACGGAGCCACGGAAGAACGGUCUGGAAGCUGUGACUGGCACCCUGGGAAUUGGUGGAUCGGUGACCAGCCACCGCCGAGCCUCACCGACGGACAGCCCGGUGCAUGAAGCCGCCCACUCGCGAGUGGCAACGCCUCCAACUAAUCAGCUAUCCCAUGAUGCUCUAGAGGGUGGCCGCAACAUGGCGGACAGGCAGGGUGGGGACUCGAGUGACGGCCAAUCUCUCCUCAGCGAUUGGGGCACCGAGGCUCCGUCUAGGCAUGAUGGGAUAGCGGCGGAUAACUUAAACCAAGCUAACAGGCCGGUACUUAAUCACAGUAUAACUAAUGGUGUGCUGGGCCCCUCUGCUGCUGCUGUGGGAGCUACGCUGUAUCUACUAACCCCAACUAAGGCUCCGGUGCUGGUGGCUGCUUUACAACCUCGCUCCGGUCGGACUGUGACUGUCUCGGCACCUCCUGGACCCUCUGACUGCCCUCCGCUGCCCACCGCAUUGAAAUUCUGCCGCAAGCUGGGCCACGGGAGCUCUCGGCAGGCCGGCGCAGCAGAACCUCGGGAGUCCUUGGUGGGCUUGGGCCACCUGUUGUCCUCCCACUGCCACCCAGCCCUGAAGCCUUUCCUCUGCCUACUGCUGGCACCAAGGUGCGACUCCCCUCCCCGCCCACCUUGCCGUGGCUUCUGCGAGUCCGUGCGGGACAGCUGCUGGACUGAGUUAGUGGGCACUGGCCUCCAGCUGCCCUGUCACUCUCUCCCCAGUGAAGAGGAAGGGUAUGGGUGCCUGUCCCUCAAUGAUAGCCGAGAUGAUGACCGCACCGUGUCCCUGCUCCAGUUGAUAGGAGACCCUCCUCCUCAGCAGAUAGCUGUGGUGUAUGAUGCCGACCAGAACCCAUCCUACAGGUUUGGUCCAGGUGUGAACACUGGCCAACAGGCCAAAGCCCACUUCCAAAAUCCCUUCUUCCGUGACUUCUCCCUCUUCUUCUCGAUAAUGCCGACGUCCACGAAGAGUGGUGUCCUCUUUGCCAUCACAAACGCCAAGCAGACCAUCAUCUACAUUGGAGUUAAGCUCUCAGCGGUUGAGAAUGAACGCCAGAGAAUAAUUUUCUAUUACACGGAGCCGGGGUCAGAGCAGUCCUAUGAGGCUGCCUCUUUCUGGGUGCAGCAGCUGACCAACAAGUGGACCAAGUUUUCCAUCAGCGUACAAGAUGACAUCGUCUCCUUCUACAAUGGCUGCGAGCUGCCCGAGAGUCAACGCUUUGAAAGGUCUCCAGAUGAAAUGGAGCUUGAUGACUCCUCCGGCGUUUUUGUCGCCUUGGCUGGUGGUGCAGAUCCGGAUAAGUUCUUGGGUUUGAUUGAAGAUCUGAAGAUAAAGGGAGAUCCUCGAGCAGCACAGUUUUACUGUGAAGAGGAUGACGAUGGGGAGGCUUCUGGAGAAUUUGGGAGUGGAUACAGAAGAGGGAUUCAAACGGUGACCCCGCCUUCAUAUCGACCCCCAGAACACCCACCAGUUCACCCUCCACCCAUCAGCAAAGAGAGCCUUGGGGCACCGCGGCCAGCCCACGAGACCGUCCGGUGGACAGCUGUGGCGGAGAGAGGUGACAGGAGAAUUCUGGAGACGCACAGCACGAAAGGUGACAGAGGCUUGAGUGUUGGAACAGUCAGCACAAUCAAAGGAGAGAAGGGUGAUAAAGGCGAUCCCGGAGAAAAGGGCACAGCUGGAUUUGGAUAUCGAGGGCCCAAGGGGGAGAAAGGAGAGCCGGGGAUUCCUGGACCUCCUGGCCCCCUGGCAACGGUCCGGGAGCGUGGCGAUGGGCUUGUAAUGGACCCAGACUUAGGCCUUCAAGGUCCCCCUGGGCUUCCUGGGAGAGAUGGGGAGCCGGGUGAUCCUGGUGAAGACGGGAAGCCGGGUGAGAUUGGUCCUCAAGGUUUUCCAGGAACCCCCGGUGAUCGAGGACCUAAAGGAGAUAAGGGUGAUCCAGGGAUUGGAGUUGAAGGACCGAGAGGGCCUCCUGGACCGCCUGGGCCCCCGGGACCCUCUGCCAGCACGGACAAACUCACAUUUAUUGACAUGGAAGGAUCGGGAUUUGGAGCUGACCUGGAAGCCUUUCGGGGCCCACCAGGGCCCCGCGGACCGCCUGGUGUUCCUGGGCUCCCGGGUUGGCCCGGUAUCUUUGGUGGGAACAACACCGGGCUACCUGGAGCACCUGGCAUGCCCGGAAUUCCAGGAGCUCAUGGGAAUCCCGGGCCAGCUGGGCCAAUGGGCCCCCCUGGUCUACCAGGAAGAGAUGGCUCGCCAGGUCUACCGGGCGAGAAGGGAAUGUCGGGUGAGCCUGGUGAUUUGGGUCUUCCAGGAGCUCAAGGUGCUCAGGGUUUGCCUGGCAGUGUUGGGCCCCCAGGCCAGCCUGGUUUAGCUGGAUUGCCUGGACCAAUAGGACCUCGAGGACCCCCGGGACCUCCCGGACCGCCCGUUCCCUUCUUCUCCACUGGAUUUGAUGAUGCAGAAGGAUCCGGAUUCCCAGUAAUUCCAGGUGCACCAGGGAAUCGAGGGUUGGAAGGAAUUCAGGGAAUCCCGGGAAUGCCUGGAGCUCCUGGAGAAAAGGGCGAGCGAGGACCCAAAGGAGAACAGGGAAUUCCAGGGGUCCAGGGAUAUCCAGGGGGAACUGGCCUGAAAGGAUUACCAGGUCCUCAGGGUCCAAAGGGUGUUAAAGGAGAAAAAGGCUUGAAGGGCGAGGCUGGCAGAGAUGGCGUAGGAUUACCUGGACCACCUGGUCCUCCCGGCUAUGCGUACGGAGCUGGCAACGUGGUCAAUGAGCCUGGAAGGGAGGGUCCCAUUGGUCCAAAAGGUGACCAUGGCGAAGCAGGUCUUCCGGGUCCUGUUGGGCCAAAGGGUGAGAAAGGAGAGCCUGGCGAGAUCACUGAGCUGCACAGAAGCGCUCUGAAGGGAGAAACUGGUGAUCCUGGACCCAUGGGCCCAGAGGGUGUCCCAGGGUAUCCUGGUCGAAAAGGUGAAAUUGGUUUGCCAGGACGACCGGGUCGUCCCGGGAUAAAUGGACUGAAAGGGGAAAAGGGUGAACAGGGAGACUUCAGCGGUGGUUAUGGAUUUCGGAGUAUUCCAGGCCCUCCAGGACCCCCGGGACCUCCUGGACCACCCGGUCUACCAGCGCCAACCUUCGACAACAACGUGUUUCGUGUAGGAGCUGGCUCCUAUCCAGGACUUCUUGGAUCACCAGGUCCUAAAGGAGAGCGAGGCAGCCCCGGUCAUCCAGGACCACAAGGGGACAAGGGGGAAGCGGGCCAGCCGGGAAAUCCAGGCCCACCUGGAAUCAUUCCAUACGAUGUGUAUGAUGUUCACCCUGGAGGCAGGUUCUUACAGGGGGUGAAGGGAGAACGAGGCAAUACAGGGCAGAAGGGAGAAAAGGGAGCUCCCGGCAAUGACUAUGGUUCAGGGAUACCUGGUCCACCAGGGCGACCAGGGCUUCAGGGGCCAAAAGGAGACAGCAUUGUUGGACCUAGAGGACUACCAGGCAACCCAGGACCCCCAGGUUACAGCUACCCAGGACCUCCAGGACCGCCAGGACCCCCAGGACCACCAGGACGUCCCAGCUCAUCUGUGCUACCUGUGCCUGGUGUAUCAUCGGGGCACCAGACAACAAGCGUUGUUGGCCCACCUGGUCCCCCUGGACCUCCUGGUCCCCCAGGAUCGUCAGCCUCACAUUCUGGGGUUACAGUGCUACAGACCUACCAAACCAUGCUCAGCAUCUCUCGGAGUCUACACGAGGGAACGCUGGCUUACAUCUUGGAACGCGGGGAGCUGUACAUCCGAGUGAGGGAAGGUUGGCGCCAGGUUUACCUUGGCGAGUAUGUGCCUUACCUUGGAGGCGGAAUUGUUGAAAACAAGGUGGAGGCGGUGGGAUCCCCGCCAGUGGUGCAGUAUUCUGGACAGCGGGAACCCUCAGCAAAUUCGGAUAAAGUGGUUUCCAAGGAUCGGGAGGCCCACCACUCCCAGUCAGAACGACUAACGAACAUCCACACUUACGGAGGUGUUCACCAGCGGCCAGAGCUGUCGAAACCCGUCCACCCCCAUCACCAGUACAUCCCGGGGAAGCCAGCGACUGCUGCCCCUCCCCGCACAGUGGAGCCUCCGAGGGUGAACCACCACAGCGUGUCCCUCCAACCUCACGUCACCCCCAUCCACACUGGCCAGCUGCAUGGGGUGCCAAUGCUGCACCUCAUGGCACUCAACACCCCUGUCACAGGCAACAUGCAGGGGAUCCGCGGGGUGGACUUCCAGUGCUUCCAGCAGGCACGAGGGGUGGGACUGAUGGGCACGUUCAGGGCCUUCCUCUCAUCCCGAGUUCAGGACCUGUACAGUGUGGUCCGGCGUGCCGACAGGAACUCGGUGCCAAUCGUGAACGGCAAGGGAGAGGUGCUGUUUGAUAACUGGAUCUCGCUCUUCACUGGAUCUCAAGCUCCCUUCAAAUCUACUGCCACUAUCUAUUCCUUUGACGGACGAGACGUCCUUCGGGACCCGGCCUGGCCUGAGAAGUCGAUCUGGCAUGGCUCAGACACCAAGGGACGGCGCUUGUUGGAAACUUACUGUGAAGCCUGGAGAAAAGAUACGGAUGAUGUGAAGGGUAUGGCUUCGUCCCUGCUCGGCAGCCGGCUCCUGGAACAACGGCCCAGCCAGUGUUUCAAGUCCUUCAUCGUCCUCUGCAUUGAGAACAGCUACCUGCCGCACUCGCGGAAGUAAAACCCCACACUCGCCACCCUUCCCUGAUCAAUGGAGAGAGGUUUCUCCUGGUGCUUAUGGUGAAAACGCAUUUUCUGUACAGAUGUAAUUUUUUUUAAAUAAUUUUUUAAAAAAACGAUGGAAGAUAAAAGCCAAAGAGGUCGGUUUUUAAAACAAAUAAUAAAAAAGCCACUCGUGGUGGUUUCCCAGCAUUCACUGGGCAUGUCCUUGAAGUGCCCCAGAUGAUGCAAGUGUCCAAUGUGUACAUGUAACAGUUAAUAUUUGUAUAUGGAAUGUUUGUGCAAGCCAGUGUAUCCUCUUUAACUUGCUGCUUCUGACAGUUAGUCUUACCAGAUUACUUUUCUAAUUCAUUCCUCCCUUUUGGCAGAAUUAUUCAGUUUCUCUAAUACAAACACGCUAAACUGUAUGUAGAACUACACACACUGAUUUAGAAUGUGUCUUUGAUCACUUGGAAUCUGAAGCCGUUAUGACAGUGUUGCUUUAUGUAUCUCUCACACAUGCACGUGCAAGCACAGGUGCAAACAUAUUCUACAUUAAAGAUAUCUCUUAGUGUUGAUGGGCUGGGCCCUCUUUCCCACCUCCUCUGUGUUGGACUUGCUGGGGUUCCACGUUCUGAUGGAGGAGAGAGGGCCUGAUGAGUGGACUGGUCUCACCUUCCUGGUGCAGAGAUGAGGUUGGCUGUCCUCAGGAGGGAACUAAAUAGAAGACAAGGGGAGAGAGGAGAGGAGCACAAAAUUCACCCAGCCCGUUCAUUCCUAGCUGUCCGUCCAUCAGAACAUCAGGCUGUUUGUUAAAUCAGCACACCGAGCCUUUGCCUUUAAGUAGCACACAGACACUCAUAUUUGCACCAAUGGGACCAGUUUACUCUGGCUGCAGGAUACACACCCUUGGGAGUUGCACCAGGGAGACAGUCCUGCCCAGAAUAUUGUUUAUGGCAAUGACUGCUUUUAGUUACAAGACCCAUCCUCAUGAGUUUGCUAAAACAUAGAAAUUGCAAGGAAAUCGUAAACACAAGAAGUGCUGCAGUCGCUGGAAAUCCGAGUAACACACACAAAGUACUAAAGGAACUCAGCAGGUCAGGCAGCAUCUAUGGAGAGAAAUAAACAGUUGACUUCGGCCUGAGACCCUUUAUCAUGACAUCCUGAUGAAGGGUCUUGGGACCAAAACGUCAACUGUUUAUUCCUCUCCAUAGAUGCUGCCUGACCUGCUGAGUUCCUCCAGUAUUUUGUGUGUGUUAGUCAUAAGCAAAUGCCAGACAUCUAUGGGAGCAAGGCAAUCGAUUCUAAGUCACUCCCACAGGUGUAAAGUCAGUAAAUACAAAACAUUGUCCUUACCCAGGGCUCACUCUGCCGCACAAUUUCUGCAUGCAUUUCUUUAGUAAAUGGGUAGACGACUUUUGAAAAUUCAAAGCACAGAUUCAUGGGGUGGCACAGUAGCGUAGUGGUUAGCACAACACCUUGCAGUCCCAGCAACCCUGGUUCAAUUCCCGUCACUGUCUGUAAGAUGUUUGUAUGUUCUCCCUGUGACCGUGUGGAUCUCCUCCAGGUAAUCUGCUUUUCUCCCACUGUCCAAAGACAUACCAGUUGUAAAUUGUCAUUGUAAAUUGUCCCAUAACUAGGCUAGGGUUAAAUCAGGGGUUGCUGGGUAGCAUGGCUCUGCACUGUAUCUCAAUAAAUAAGCGAAUUCCAAGAUAAUUCUCUGCAGAUUUUUGAUGAAAGUAAAGACAUUAAUGCACUGCAGAACAACCAAGAUACCAUCAGCACUCAUAAUAGCUCUGAGGGCAUUAAUGAACAGGCCCUUUAUAGUGUCAACUGAAAACAAUGCUCUCAGCCUUGUUAAACCACCAUUGAAGCUCCUACCAACAGAGCUAGUUAGUGACUGGAAUUAACUAAAUCCAAGAUAUGAUGCAGUGGAUGUAACAGCUCGAUUGAUGUGGAAGCCUGGUUCAGUAACGUGGAGGACAGGUCCCAAUCUGUGAUUUUAAAUUCAGUUGCAAAGAUCUGGGAUCUGACAACAUGAAGCUGGUCUCCAUGGUGACCAGGAGCAUAUUGGUUGAGGCCAACAGGUCCAACAAUGUCCUGCUUCCUGAACAGGCCUGGCUAACGUGACACCAGCAAGAAAAUGCCCACCCUUGCCAGACACUGCAAUAAGGGAUGUCCACACCCAGAGAGUGAGCAAUAAAUGGGAAAUGGACAUCCUUCUCUCACGCCAGUUAUUUUGCCAUCGUCUGCCUCCUUUUGAAUGACGUGCAGCAUUUGGUCUUUGUUCAUGGAACAUUUUCUGUCUUCAUGUUCUCAAGCCCGUUUCACUGCUCACCCAAUAAUUGUGCUUGCUCUCUCUCUACAUCUAGUAUCUCAAGCAUUCACCCCUCCUCUGCCCCCCUCCCAAAAAAAACUUGCACUACCUAACACUAAUUUAAUGCCAGAAUAUGUGUCAACUCUCUGACACAGAAGAGGACUUUGCAGGGAACAUUUUUGCUUCUAUUAACCCCAGUGGAGAGGAGGCAGCUGAAGGUUGAAGUCACAUCCCACUGAGCACAGUGUAUGGGUCAAUAUUCUCCCAACUCCACUACUACAUAAAAAUUGUUGGAAGAUUUAAAAAAAGACAGACUGCUGAAGGAUGAUCUCAGUGGGUUCCUCUAGCAGUCUGCUUGAAGUCCCAGAUUUCAGCACCUACAGUCUCUUGCGUCUCCCUGUUGGAAGGCACGGUGAAUGAAGCUUGCAUUAAUGAAAACAGUCCAUCCACUUCUUUUCAAAUGUGCAAAUACUUUCCCCACCGAUACCAAAUCAUUGCUCAGUUUCUCCAGUUCUGGCCCAAGCACUCCACCAUGACUCUGUGCGUGUAGCAUUUGAUUGGCUGUCAAGAAGAGGUCCAUGCUGGCAGAUCCCUGAUUGAUUAUUUUAACACAACGCAAGCUUGCCAAUUUAGUUCAAGGUUUACUUACGGGAAGAUCACAUGAUCUGUUAUUUCUCCCUUGGACCCUCGUAUCGUAUUGACUAUUCAGCCAUCCACACCUAUGAAACCUGUUACAUCAAUCAGAAAGCAAAAAGAUUAUGUAUUAUGGAUAUCACUUCAAUGUUUAUCCUACCACUUCUGGUGUUUUUAUAACUAAUAAAAUGUUUUUCUUUACAAAAUAUAUACUAUUGUUCUUUAACUUCCCUCCUAAGUCAAGAAUCUGAGUUUCAUCUUUAAUUCCUGAAGACCUUGGACAAUCCUGGAAGGUUGUUGAUGUCUCUUAUUCAUUCAGAGCUUGAGUCAGCCUUGCAGGAAAAGUUGGGGAGGAUGUGUUUGCUCAUCUCCAUUUCAGCGAGGCAUGCUUUAGUUCUUUUCCAAUGUCUACAAACCAUUGAUGGUUAAGUUGAAUAUUUACUUAUACGUGUGUAUGUAGCAGCAUUACAUGUUGGCAGCAGAGAAUUGAAAACCUGAUUACUUUGGAAAGCCUGGUGAUAUAUAAGCUCAUUUGAUGUUCAUUUUGUGCAAUUUGAGCACUUUUCUUAGACUGCUUCAGUUUCCUUCUCUCUCCAAGGGCCACUUGUUCCAGAUCACUACGGGAGCCUUUGACUGUUGAUGUAAGUGACAAAGAGGGAUGCUUAGCCUGCUGAACACUUCCCUAAAGACACAAUUAAUUUACCAGUGGUCUCUCCCAGAGUGCUGCCACUCAAUGUAAGCUUAUAACUCCUGGAGUCCACACUACAAUUUGUGUCAACACGUGAAAGCACUGUAAUUAAAACCAGUAAAUGUUUGCAGCACAUUGUGUAGCUUUCUGUAACCUUGAAGCUCUCUAAACACUUUUCCCCAGAGUACUGAAUAAAGAUUAUAAAGUUCUCUUUUAAAUCUUA